AUGUCGUGGUCAACCACGCCACAACUGAGAUGGCUCAGACCUCUUCUUGCACUCUUUGCAGUGUUCCUACUAUUGCAAAUACUUAUGCCCAGAAGUACAUAUACCCAAAUUCAGCACAACUUCAAUGGCCGGUACCUUGCACAGCCAGAACGACAAAAUGCUGUGAAACGCGAGUUCUUGCAUGCUUGGACUGGCUAUCAAGAUCACGCAUGGAUGGCCGAUGGAUUGCUGCCGUUGUCUGGAGGCAGAAAGCAACAGUUCUGCGGCUGGUCCGCUACUUUGGUUGAUGCUCUCGACACACUUAUCAUCAUGGACCUCAACGAUGAGUUCCAAGACGCACUCAACGCCACUCUUACCAUCGAUUUCCUCGAAAGUAUCGAGGGCUGUGAAGUCAACUUAUUCGAGUCCACCAUCCGAUAUCUUGGUGGUUUAAUGGCAGCAUAUGAACUCAGCAACGACGCCCGGGUACUGCCCAAAUUGAUCGAGCUUGGUGACAUGCUGCAUACAGCAUUCCACACCUCUAAUGGCUUGCCUUGCACUCAUUGCAAACUGUUGGAAAAGGACCUGGACAUCAAACCUACAGAAGAUGCGAUUUUGGCCGACGUUGGAAGCAUCUACUUGGAGUUUGCCAGGCUAUCCCAGAUUACAGGGGACGACAAGUAUAUCGAGACGGUGGACCACGUCAGUCAGGUCUUCGCCCAGGUGCAGAACGACUCCAGCAUACCUGGGUUAUGGCCGGAGAUUAUCAGUCCAGCAGCCAUCGGUGGAGACCGGACAGACUUUGCACGAAAAAGUACGCGUUUCGCUUUGGGCGCACUGUCCGACUCUGCUUACGAGUAUCUUGUCAAGACGCAUCUCUUGAUGGGCAAAAAAAGAGAUGUCUAUGAGUCAAUGUGGAAAAGGGCAUCUCGAGAGAUUAAGAGAUUCUUGCUCUUUCGAGCAUACAUCCCCAACGCCAACGAAAAGGAUGUCAUCUUCCCUGGUAUCGCGAGCCGGACUUUUGGAGACUCGGAGGCCAUGCUCGAAACUAGAACAGAACAUCUAGCGUGCUUCGCUGGAGGCAUGUUCGCGAUGGCUUCUCGAAUAUUUGGUGAUCCUGAAGACUUUUACAUUGGCGAGGCCAUAACAAAUGGCUGUGUCUGGGCAUAUCAGAACAGUCCGACGGGCAUUAUGCCUGAAACCUUUACGCUUUUGCCAUGCACAAACACCACGCAAUGUGAGUGGAGCGACUCGUACUGGCAGGACCAAAGCAAUCGACCAGAACAUUGCAUGAACGGCGAUUGCGAGCAGUUUAAAUUCCCACCCGGCUUCUUACAAGUGUCAGAUGCCUCGUACAAGCUGAGACCCGAAGCCAUUGAGUCUGUUUUCAUCAUGUGGCGCAUGACGGGAGACGAAUACUGGCGCGAGGUGGGUUGGACUAUGUUUGAGUCCAUCAUUGAGCAUACCAGAUCUGCAUUCGGACACGCCGCCCUCUUGAGCACUAUGGAAAUAUAUGACCGCGAUGCAUAUGAAAAGGGGCUGAUGGUGAGAAAAGUCCUCGCAAGACAAAUGGACGAUAUGGAGAGUUUCUGGUUCGCCGAGACACUGAAGUACUUCUACCUGUUAUUCAGUGAUCCAGAUCUGAUCAGUCUGGACGAUUGGGUGCUGAACACUGAGGCCCAUCCAUUCCGCCUGACCGAAAGUGUUCGAGGGUUCUAG